GUAUUUGUUUUGGUUUAUGCAGACUGCGUUUUUGUCACGGGGGCCAAGGUCCAUCCCGGUACUUCAGCUUCGAACCCGACUGUUCACGUCUUUGACCCAGCGCCAGGCCCACCUUCAAUCCCUCCUCCGACUUUUGCAUCUCCCCACCCCCUUUUCCAGGGCCGCCACCUGCUUUUAGCACCGUUAUCGCACGGUUGAAGCUGGCCUGCUAGUUAGCAAAUAAGCUAACGACUGCCAGAUUUCACCCAUGUCCUCUGAGGAAGGGUUGAUCUCCUCGAUCGCGGAUUGGCUUUUCAUAAAUUCCUGGUGGCUCCUUCUGCCGUUCAUCAUGCUUCUGGUGGUCGCUGCCUUCAUUGUUGCCUUUGUGUUGCUGUUAUACAUGAUAUCGCCUCUCAUCAGCCCCAAACCCCUGAAACUGAACGGGGCCCACGUCGUGGUGACAGGAGGCUCAAGUGGGAUUGGGAAAUGCAUUGCAAUGGAGUGUUACAGGCAAGGAGCAUUCAUCACGUUGGUGGCACGAGACGAGGCUAAAUUACUUCAAGCAAAGAAAGAGGUGGAGAAAUUUGCCAUCAAUGACAAGCAGGUGGUGCUCUGCAUAUCAGUGGAUGUCUCCAGUGAUUAUAAUCAAGUGGAAAGUGUGAUAAAACAGGCUCAAGAGAAGCUGGGACCUGUUGAUAUGCUCGUGAACUGUGCUGGAACGUCCAUUUCUGCAAAGUUUGACGAAAUGGAGGUGGACCGCUUUAAAAAACUGAUGGAGGUGAACUACCUGGGCAGCGUUUACCCGACACGGGCCGUCAUCACCACCAUGAAGGAACGAAGAAUGGGCCGCAUCAUGUUUGUGUCCUCCCAGGCAGGUCAGAUCGGCCUGUUUGGAUAUACAGCUUACUCCCCAUCCAAGUUUGCCCUGCGUGGCUUAGCAGAGUCGCUUCAGAUGGAGAUAAAGCCCUACAAUAUCUAUGUGACUGUGGCAUACCCACCUGACACUGACACUCCAGGACUGACUGAGGAAAAUAAGACAAAGCCUCUAGAGACCAAAUUAAUCUCUGAGACGUCUGGCGUGUGUCAACCAGACCAAGUAGCCAAAAUUAUUGUGCGAGAUGCAGUGCAGGGGAAUUUCAACAGCUCAGUCGGACCUGAUGGUUACAUGCUGUCAGCCCUCACUUGUGGAAUGUCACCCGUCACUUCUAUCACAGAAGGUCUCCAGCAGAUCGUUACGAUGGGAUUAUUCAGGACCAUCGCCCUCUUCUACCUGGGGAGUUUCGAUAGCAUUGUGCGCCGCUGCAUGAUUCAGAGGGAGCAGUUAAAAGCAGCCGACAAGAGGGAGUAACGGCAGCCUUACCUUUCGUCAAAAGCCCAGUUCCCAUCCUCCUCCUGGUUCUCCUCCACAGCCCCUGUCCCUUCCCUUCAUCCAGCUGUACAAGUGCACAACCGUAGGUGGGAAAUAGGCCAAGCUUUGAGUGCAUACCUGAUGGGAUGAAAGAAAAUGGUAGAUGAUUACUCUUUGCUUGCCCUCCGUAGACUUCACAGCCAUUUCAAAUAGUCUGUCUUCUCAGAGCAUUCCAGUGACUUUUCAGUUUUUGUGUCCACCUGCUUCUUUUGUCGGAGCAGCCUUACAUUUUGUGGAAUGAGGGCAGACUAAACAUCCCACAGCCUGUUCUUUGAAGUAGGUAGACUUUGUGACCAACCUAAAUAUUUGAUAUCAGGCCACCCUGCCUCGUCUCGCACAGUGUUAAUCUUCCCCUCGCCGAGAGGAAAAGCAGCAGUCUCACCAUUUGUGCCAAAUAUGGCUUGAAAAUCCCUCCCACCACGGGUUAUAGUGGAAAUCAGAAUGGUAACAUUCACCUUUUGCCAUAAUUGUUGCAUGUUAUUACAAACUGGAAGAAUUGUUUCUGUCUUUACUAGAAUCUCUCGCUCCUUCUUGACCCUCAUUCUUUUUUGUACCGCAAGUCUUUGCAGGCGAAGCACCUUCCUUUUCCCCUGAAUAACCUCUGUGUUUGAAACCAGUUGUGACCCGUAGCGUUUUGUGUCUGCUGUGGGGUGUUUUGCUUUUGUGCUCUGCAUCUGAACCAAACCGUACUCUUCACUGAUAUCAGAGAGCAAGAGGGGAUGUGAUGUUGCUUUCUUUUUUUUUCUUCUUCUUUUUUAAAUCAAUGCAAAAAUAUACAGUACUCUCCAAAAAGAAUUUUACACAGUUUUGGGUGAAUAAUUUGCAUGAUGGUGUGUGUUUAUUUGCUGUGACUGAGCCACCGGCCCCCCCCCACCCCCACCCCAGGGAGAGAAAAGCCAUUAAAUUUUAUUGUCUCGGGAAUAAAUGCACCAAAUUAUUUUCUGCUUAUUUCCAGCUUAAUUCGUUGGGAAAAGAAACAGGUACUAUGUGAGUUAAAGCCAUGACAAUGAAAAUGGGGGGGGAAGAGAGACACACAAGUUCAGGUGAUUUUUCACCUGUGCAAAGGAAACGUACAAAUUUUACAUAGAGUUUUGUGUGUCUGUGCACAUUUCCAGUCACUCCCGUUAAGAUCCACAGAGGAUUCACUAACUGUUGGGGUGGUGAAAGUCAUGACGGGCAUAUAGGGCAGAACUUGCUGGAUCGAGUCAUGUCCCUGCCAGUCUGGAGAGGGCGCUAGAGAUUUGUUUUACAUAAGGGAUAAUGUACUAGGUUGGCCAAGAUAAAAGUGUGAGCCUUGUCCUUCUGAUUUUUGACCUGCUGUCACUCUGCCAUGCACAGUUAGGGCUUUGUAGCUCCCUUCCCUUUGGAAAAAAAUCACACACUUAUCAGACGACCUUGCAUAAAAAAAGGGAGAAAAAGUACAGCGCCGUCUCUUGCGAGUCUUCCUUUGGGUCCAUCGUAAACGGGGAGAAUGUACUUUUAAUACAAGGCAAACGAAUCAGAACCUAGUGAUAUUAUUUUUAAAAACACCAACAUUUGAAUGCCAAAAUGUGUUAAGACAAUUUUUGUAGAUGCAAUGCAAUUUAUUUGAGAUUCGUUUUUAAUGUCGCUGCUCUGUUGAUCUUUAGAGUUAGUUUGUAAAAAAACAAAAUAGUUGAAAAAAAGUUGUGGAGCAGUGUGGGGACCCAUUCUUAGCCUUAAGACAUGACUACUGAUGAAGCUAAUGCUUUAAGAAUGGACCGGUCCACAGAACAAUGUGGCCUAAACCGCACGUGGUUCACCCGUUCAUUUAAUAAUGUGACCUUUCAGUGUAUGCUUUUUUUUUUCCUGUGUAUUUUGACAAUUUUCAGUCUUUGUAUGACAAAGAAGCCUUAGUGAAAUCCAAGAAAUGAAAGUGGGAAUGGAUGACUUGUGUUUGAUGAUGUUCUCAUUUGACAUUGGUUAAAAGGCAUACUGUUCUGCACUUCAGACGUUUUCGUACAACUGUACAUUUAUUGCUUUCAGGCGUUCUCUGUUUCCUUGAGGUAGCCAACACAUUGUUGAUAGAACAUGUAGCUCAUGUGAAAGCAGUUCCGUUAUAAUGCCUUUUAAGCUAUGCAAAGAAACAUAUGCUUACACUACGUUUAGACGAACAUGAUUUCUCACUAAUUUCCCCCAAAUUAACCAUUUCACCAUUAGAUACUGAAUAUUGAACAUGGAAGUUAUGACGCACCAUUUCAUUCUUCUUCUUUCUUUCUUUUUUCUGGCUUUUUACUUUAAUUUUUCCUUUCUGCCAAAAAACUUAACACCUUCACCUUGUGUGCCAUGGAAAGAAAAUGUGAGUGAACGUUUCUUUGUCUUAUUUUCUUACAUGAUAAACUAAAUAAAUACCUGUGAGGAAAAACAA